UUCCGUCUGUCUUGUUCUGUCAGAUCAGAGCAGAUGAAGGAAAGAAGACGAGGAGAGAAAGCCACUUUAGACUAUUGAGAUGCAGCCAUCUACACUGACUCCUCAAUGGCAAAUGGGUUCACUAACAAGUACUGUGUUAAUGUUGUGGAAACAUCUUGUUAAACAUCUCCAUAAUGGAUGCAGACUUCUUGUUACAGAUUUGUCUUGUAAGCAGAGAGUGCGUGUGAUUUCCUUUGUCGAUGGAACUGUCCCUAAAUGUGUGGGAUUUUUCACAAUUAUUUAAAAAAUAAAUGUGGUAGGUUCUGUCUGUAUCUGUGAGUAGUUUGGACAGGAGUCCAUGGGUUAAUGGGAUGAAGAGAAUGAGAGGAGGAGGGGAAGUUAAGGAAAUAAGUAGGGAUGGAAGAGAGUAAAUGUACACUGUUAAUUAAGUGACGCAUGUCUGCUGGCUCAUCAGAGUUUGAUUCAGCGGAAUGAAAUGAGUAACCUCUCAACUGCAUGUCCCAGGACUUGGGAGUAAAAUGACGGGACAAUAAGUAAACAAUCGGAAUAAUCUUUUGGGAAAACAGCUUAAGAAUUCUCAUGGAAGGAAGGAUUGUAUUUGUUCCCUGUAGUUUCAGUUUGAUUUGAAAUGCUGUUUUAGGUCCUUUUGGAUAUCAUUGAGCUUGAAUCUGGUCCAAUCGCUUUUCAUGGCUUCAACUUAAAUCUCUCUGAAUCACAUUUGGAACUGUUCUCUCUAGAACCGUAGAACUCUCUGGAACUUUAAGGCAUCCCAAGGAUCCAAGGCAAUAUCUGUCUUUAUAGUGUGAGAGACAGAUGGUGUUUUAUUGAGAGGCUGGCAGAGGGAAAGUGGGUACGGAGGGAGAGAUAACUGAGGGAGAGAUAACUGAGGGAGAGAUAACUGAGGGAGAGAUAACUGAGGGAGAGAUAACUGAGGGAGAGAUAACUGAGGGAGAGAGGACAGAGAGACAGAAUUUUCACACUUGGGGAAACAAAAAGACGGAAGGACCGAGGAAGAAGGGGAGUUGAGUGUCAGGUGGGAGUCAGCCUUGUACUAAUGUUCCUCAAAUUGAUGCACUUACUGGGACUCAUCGACAUCACAGAGACUGAUGACAGUAGUGACAGUGAUUUGGAGCUGUCUAUAGUUCGUCACCAGCCAGAAGGCUUGGACCAGCUGCAGGUUCAGACCAAGUUCACCAAGAAGGAGCUCCAGUCACUAUACAGGGGCUUCAAGAAUGAGUGUCCGAGUGGUUUGGUUGAUGAAGAGACGUUCAAGACCAUCUAUUCUCAGUUCUUUCCCCAAGGAGACGCCACCACCUAUGCACAUUUCCUGUUCAAUGCGUUUGAUAUGGACAGAAAUGGCUCCAUUCGUUUUGAGGACUUUGUGAUUGGCCUGUCUGUUCUUCUGAGAGGGUCAGUCACAGAGAAACUCAACUGGGCCUUCAACCUGUAUGACAUCAACAAGGAUGGAUACAUCACUAAAGAGGAGAUGCUGGCUAUUAUGAAGUCCAUCUAUGAUAUGAUGGGCAGGUACACCUACCCAAGUGUGCGGGAUGAGGCACCCUCUGAACAUGUGGAUAAGUUCUUCCAGAAAAUGGACAGAAACAGAGAUGGAGUGGUGACCAUUGAGGAGUUCAUUGAGACCUGUCAGAAGGACGAGAGCAUCAUGAACUCCAUGCAGCUCUUUGAGAACGUGCUCUAGAGCCCAGCAGAAUAUUCUACGUCAUUCUCCCAUCGUCCGAUCCCGUCCUCCUGUCUAUACACAUCCCUUGUCCAAUCCCAUAAUAUACACACGCACACACACACACUCACACGCACUCAAUUUAGUGCAUCCUAAUCUAGGAUGGCUAAUCCACAGAUAUGUACUAGCAGAGUUCAUUUACUGCUGCACUACCUUCAACCUGCCACUGCUUGUGGACUAAAGAGCGCACUAGAGAAAGAAAAGAGGAGAGGAGAGAAGAGAGCUACUGGGACUUCUUCUACUAUACAACUUGUCAGCUUCCCAAAGAAAGGUGAAAGAAGGACCAAACUGCUCAACACUGAUGAUCCGAGGAGCUUCUAGAACUCUGCCUUCUCAUUGGACCAAAAAGACAAAUGACUAAUCAAAAGAUGGAGAGAGAAUAUGAGAGUGGCAAUUGUGGAAACUCAUCAUGGUGUUGCUGACCUCCAGACCAGGAUCCUGUAGCUAUAACGCAUAAGUACACUUCCACAGCACUUACACAUACUAUAUGGGGAUGCACUGACACACUUCUUUGAAGAGUUUUUAAGAGAGUUGAUGUAGCGUACAGCAAGUUGGAUUGAUCCUGGGCAAGGACACCAGCACCAAACACCACAGAGACACUAAAAAGAAAAGAACUGAAGCAUGCGCUUGCACUAAGAAUCAUUCAUAUUCUACAAUAUGCACCAGAAGAGAAUGCAUUGUAAAUGUAGAUAGUCACAGUAGACCACUAAAAGAAAACUCAGUGUGUAUGUAGAUAUGUAUAGACAGUAAUAUAUAAUAAUAACAUAAAUAAAGUUAGACGUUGUGCUCUCCUCUGUACUGCUCUAUUGGUAGUAAGUAGUAGGUGGGGUUAAGGUUAAGGCCAAACAAAAUCCAUGGGCAGGUUUUCUUAACACUUACAGAAUACUAAUUGAUGGAAUUGUAGCCUUUCAUGUUUAGUAUGUCUUUUGGAUCAUUUGAUCGUACAGGUAUUUUGAUUCAUUUCAAGUCAGUUCUGGAGUUUUGAGUUACCCCUACGGGCGGUGGGCUCUAACCCUACUGGUUGCGUCUGUGGCCAUAGUUCUAGGUAACACAGGGAGGGUCACUGGUUCUGUUCUGUCACCAACGGACCAGCGAGUCACCAACGGAUAAGCAUGAGAUGUACAGUAUGUCAGUGCCUCCUUAUAAUGUGUGUAACAACAAGACAGAUAUACUAAGAUGUAUAUGUGUUAUAAACUAAAGCCAUCCUCAGAUGAAUACAGAGUAUACAGCUAUGGCUUGAUCCCUCUUCUCAAUCGUUCAUCUGAGGUUUUGUUUUUUUAAUGUCCCAAAAUGGCCCCCUGAUUUCCUUCCGGGAAUAGGGUCCAUUUAGGACAUCUAUGAUGUGAUCAUCUGAGGUCUGAGCACUGACCACUAGUGAUGACAUCACUUUCCUAUCCUAAGCCCUGAUAAGGUAUGUGGUGUUGUUGUUGUUGUUGUACAGAUAUAUACAGUAGUGAAUGAAGGAACAGUGUUCCUGUGGCAGAAGGUAUUAUUACAUGCCUGUUCUUCUCAUUGAAACCAAAAGCAAUUCUGGGACGGCAAAAAUAUGCCAUAAUCCUGAUGCGGUAAUACCAUGGUAAAUAAUGGUAAUACUAUAAUCCUUUAUACCUGUAACACGUUGACUGCUCAGACUGCAGACAAAACCCAUACCCACACCCCACCCCACCCCAUACUUUCAUACCCCUACACCUAAGCCCUAACCACCAAAGCCCCUAGGCACCAGGCCCUAUAUAUUGUACCCUGUGGCCCUGUUCUAGGAAAUCACAUUGUCUCAGAGGUAGAGUGUUGUAACAGAGGUUUUCUCUGUCUUUGCCAUAACAACAUAGCUCAUGUGACCUGGCCUGGAGCAGAUUAGUUCUGUUCACACGUGUGCGUGUGUGUGUUUGUUUGUGCGGUGUGGCAUGAAUGAAUGAAACAGACUAGAGACCAAACCAUAGAACUAAAGAAUGUACAGAUAACAUGGCCAAGCCCUGGUGCCUGGCCUAAAUGUCAAACACACACACACACACACACACACACACACACACACACACACACACACACACACACACACACACACACACACACACACACACACACACACACACA